GCUACCCUCUUCACGGAAGCCACGACGCUCACCAUGAAUACCUUUAGUAAUAACUCUGCUUUGUGCGAUACAUUACGCCCACCUUCUCCUCUGCCAUCUCUCGGUGGAGAUUCCACAUAUUGUCCCAUACCUGCAGGGCAAUUUGCACUCUCUGCACCCAUACCAUUUAAUACCCAGAAUUCUUUGACAACUAUGGACACAGAACUCCGAGCUGUCGACCCAUCUGGAAACGAAAUAUUAUGCCUUAGCGUUACAACCACACCACUUCAUCCUGGACCACUUGAUUUGCCGUAUGGCAAUGCCCACAUCAUAUUCUGGGCAACAAUUGCUCUUGCAGCAACUUAUUGGCUCAUUGUUGGGUUUGCUCGGAUCGUAUCUGCUUGGAGUCGGGGCUUUAGUAGACCUGGUCCGGGCAUCUGGCACCAGUUUGAGAGUACUGGGUUCAUUCUUGCUAGUGCCAUCAGCGGUGAGCGUUUUUCAACAUCACCUGCAUUGAUGAGAUUUUGCUCCCCAUCAUUACGUGACAUCAUCUUUCACACACAGUGGUGUGCAGCCCUAGCUAUGGUUGCUGUCCAGUGGCCGCCCUUUAUUUAUCCCCUACUUUCGCAAACUGCCUGGGCAUCGCUGACGUAUAACAUCACAUUGAACGCACAUUCCAUGCACUGGAAUCCGCUGAAUGUCCAACCAUAUAAUCCACCAUCAGACUUCGCCGAUCAGUUGGCCGAUCCAACUUCUGUUAUCUACAUUGACCAGUCAAUUCCGAACACAAUUUUCCUACUUCCACCGAACACUACAACUGGGAUGCAAUCCUUUGCUUGGAGUGUUGGAGUACAACCCCAAGAUCUCUUUGCGAUCUGCUUAACCCUGUUCUUGGCCAUUAUAGCUGGGACAAUCUUUCUCAGUCUGUUCCUAUGGACGGUAGAUUGGAUAUUCUCACAACGGCCGUCAGGCAGUUUAUCAAGUUCUGCUGUGCUUACAAACACAGCGAGCAAGGGUCAUAUGCCGCGGCUUUCAGCGGGCAGUAAGGACAUGCUCGACACAAGUGGAGAUGAGAGCAGAUCAUCAACUGGAUUUGGCCACAACUAUACUUUACUCAGGAGACGCUUAUUUCGACCAGAAGUCAGCUCUUUUCACUCUAGUGUGCUCAUAGGAAACCUUGUGCGCGUUCUCGUCCUUUUUCAUUUACCCGUCACCAUAUUCUCGUGCUACGAAUUUUCAACAGGAAGCUCAGUGUCGUCAGUAGCCCUUGGUGCUCUCUCAUUCACACUCUUCUCUGUAAUCGCUCCUUCUCUUCUGCUCCUGCGGCUAAGCCGGACCUCAACAACCAAAUUAUACAAUGAAACACAUACUCUCCUUGCGUUAGGUCCACUCUACAAUCACUACCGCCAGAAUUCGCAGCUUUUCUCAGGCUUGCUUUUCCUU